UGAGUCUAACACUCAUAAAAGUGCAUCUCUUUAUCAGAUUAUUAUCCACAAUUGGCAGCUGCAAUUAUUUACAAUGAAUCUUAACCUCUUUUUCUCACUAUAAUCAACAUCAUUAUCAUCAUAAUCCCUAUCAAGACAGACACACUCUCUUCUUCAAUUCAUCCCUUCAUCAUACACAUCUGAGUAGUUGUUGAGUUUCAACUACAAUCUUGGUGUAUAUAUACACAUGGUCUGAAGAUGAAAUCCUUGAGUGGAGUUGGGAUUGGUUUGAGUCUUGUUUUUGGGUGUCUUUUGCUGGCCCUUGUAGCUGAGCUGUACUACUUGCUAUGGUGGAAGAAGAGGGUUAUGAGCAAGAAGAGAUCAUCAUCAUCCUCAUCAAGCAAUCAAGUUACUACUCAUCAAAUCCCAGCAGAAACCCCACAGUUUUGCUACAUGUUUUGGUGCUGCAGAAAGCCCACUUCUUCCACACCUCAAGAACUCUGCUCUUCUCCCACUACUCUUGUCCACCAACCUCAAUCAAACAAGGACUUGUGGCUCAAACCCUUUGGAGACAGCAACUUCCCCAGAUUUCUCUUCACCAUCACAGAAGAAACAAGGGAGGAUUUGGAGUCCCAAGUUGGUACAAGUAGGAGGAGGAAUUUGAGUGAUUUGCUACAAGUGUUGGAGACUCCAUUCUUGACUCCUCUUGCUUCCUCCCCAGCUGCUUCUCAUGAUCACUACUUCACUCCACCUCUAACUCCAUCACUACUUCAUCAUAACAGAAGUACUAGUGCAGAAUUGAUGAUGACGGCGACGACGACGAUGAGAUCUAAUUCCUCCCCACCUCCAAAGCUCAAGUUCUUGAGAGAUGCUGAGGAGAAGCUGCUCAUGAGGUCUAAUUCCUCUCCACCUCCAAAGAUGAAGUUCUUGAGAGAUGCUGAGGAAAAGCUGCUGCUCAGGUCUCAAACAACAACAACAAGAAGAUCAUAAUUUGGAGAAAUUAGAGUGUUUCCCACAUCUGCAGCUUUCUUCACCUCACAAUCAACACAACUGCUCAACUCAAAUUUAAUCCUUGUUAGAUGUAACAUUUUUCUUCUUCAUUACAUCCAUUUUGUUUUGGUGGUAGGAAAUUAAACUUUUUCUUUUUAAUUAUUAUUUAGUAUUAGUAAUGGUUUAAAUUAAUAUUUAAUUACUUCUUCAUCCUCA